AUGUGUAAGAAGAUUGCACACGGCAGUGAUCUUGCCUGCUGGUCGAGUGACUCGUGGCAAAGGUACAAAACUGAGGACGGGAAGGAUUUCUUCGUCAAGACAGCUCGGCAAAGCGCUGAGAAGAUAUUCAAGGGCGAGGCUCUAGGGCUGAACGCGAUGUAUCAUGCGGAGGCAGUCGGAGUGCCCAAGGUAGACGGAGGACGAGGGGGAACUCUGGGUCCUGUUGAGGUGCGGGGGGCAGGAAGCUUCAUCAUCAUGGAAUACUUGUCGCUGGGCUCGCCCUACGACCAGUACGACUUCGGCAAGGCCAUGGCGAAGAUGCACCUGGCUGAGCCGCUCGCGAAGGAGGCGAAGGAGGGAAACUUCGGGUUCGACGUCGACAACACGAUCGGAGGGACCCCCCAGCCCAACAAGUGGGACAAGGACUGGGUUCGGUUCUUCCGUGAGCAGAGAAUCGGCCACCAGGUGAACCUAGCCGGCGACGGGCAGCUGGAAAGGAUUUGGGACAAGGUAGCGAGACGUACCUUGUUCGAAGGCAUCCAAGUGAAGCCGAGUGUGCUUCAUGGGGAUCUUUGGUCAGGGAACUAUGGAGGAUCCAACGGACGGCCGUGCAUCUAUGACCCGGCGGUGUACUACGGUCACCAUGAAGCCGAGUGGGGGAUGAGCUGGUGCGCCUCCUUCGGCUCCAACUUCUGGAAGGGAUACAGAGAGCUCAUUCCUGAGGACCCUGGAUUCCGGGAAAGGAGGGUUCUCUAUGAACUCUAUCACAAGCUCAAUCACUACAAUCUCUUUGGUGGUGGAUAUUACAGCGACGCAGUGAGCCUUAUGGAGAGCCUUGCCAAGUGA